AUGCCGAUAGAUAGCAACCUUAAUACCGAUAUAAUUCUUUACAAUGAAGGAAACACAGAGGCUCAAAACUUAGCCAUCACUGCUGCUAAGGUAGCCCUCAACAACUUCGAAUGGAGAUACGUGACUUUGGUUCUCUAUAACUCGUCAGUUCUUCUCGGAUUAAGCGUGUUCUUGCAACUUUACCGGAAAAGCAUAAUCGUUGGUAAUGCAUUUCUCGAUUCCGAAAAAUAUAAUCGUAGAAACAAGAUUAUCCAGUUUGUAAUCUUUGGAUCAGACUUGAUUAGCAUAAAACAUAUUCUGAAUUGGAUGCGCAACAAGCAAUUAGACAAUACUGGAAAAUUUAUUGUCAUUUGUGAGAACUGCGAAGAGCGAAAAGCGAUGGACUUAUUCUGGAAUCGCAAGAUAACCAAUGUAGUACUUAUUAAUGAUAAGUCUGCAGCUAGCAAUUCAAUUGGUUUUACAUAUUCUGUUUAUCACGACGAAAAAUGUGGAAUAAGUGCACCUCACGCACCUGUAAUGAAAACGUGUAAUGAAAGUACAUGCACAGAGGUAUUUCACAUGAAACUGAAAAAUUUUCACGGGUGUCCGGUAAUUGUGUCUACGAUAAGUCAGGCCUCGCUCAUGUCUCUGGAAUCGGGAACCCCACGUGGUGCUGACGGUGAUCUCUUGCUUCUCCUUGCGGAAGCCUUAAACGCUACUCUGAAGGUAAUUACUCCGCGUAGGGGGUGCGGCUUUGGGCAACUGGACAAAAAUGGUAACUGGACAGGAUCCUUAGGAGACGUUUAUUACGGUCUUGCUAAUUUCUCUAUGACGUCCUCAUGUAUAACGCUGACGAGAUACAAUAAUUUCCAUUUAUCUAAAAACUACUAUUCGAUGAAUCUUGUAUGGGUCACUCAUCCUACAACGCCGCUGCCAGCUUGGCAAAAGCUUCUGCGACCAUUUCAAAUAACGGCAAGGAUAUCUCUAACUUUUACAUUUUUAUUCGUGAUAAUGAUAGCUGUAUUCCUAAAAACCAAAUACUGGACUAAAAUUUCUAAAAGGAUUAAAAAAACAUCGCGUCCUCAUAAACACUUCUUAUUCAAUGCUUGGGCAAUUCUCAUGGGCAUGCCCAAGACAACAUUGCCUUCAAAACCGGCAUAUUUCACCAUAUUUAUGUUAUGGGUAUAUUAUUGUUUUAUGAUUCGAACUUUUUAUCAGACAUCACUUAUACAUGCUAUGAAAAAUAACUACACCUCUCCGGAAUUCAAUAACCUUGAGGACAUAUUAAGUUCUGGUUAUCCAUUUGGUGGUUACCCGACACUUCAGGAGUUGUUCAUUGACGUCCCUGAAGUAUAUAACCAUUGGAAACCCUUGCAUGACACCGAAUUUGAAACUAUGGUCAGUUUAUCGAAAGGAAUGAAGUACGUUCUGGCCGUAAAAAAGGUUACCGCUGAAAAUUUUAUUGAAAAUCAUCAUGGAAAUAUACAUAUUGUGCCUCAGAUCAUUGUGACGAGUCCCAGCGUUUUAUUUUUCAAGAAAUUCUCUCCAAUGGUGGAACCCGUUAAUCAAGUGCUUGAGCGAUUAAACGAAGGGGGUUUCAUUGAGAAGUUCUCAGUAGAUCAUGCCAAAACGAAAUCAACGAAAGAGAGAGAAAAAUCAGAAGCAAUGAACGCUGGACACUACGCGGGAUGUUACGUAGUAUUGGUGACUGGUUGGAUUGUAUCGAUAACAGUUUUUGUUUGUGAAAUUUGUUAUAAAUGUAGUAAACGUUAA